CUUGUCUCUUUCUCGCAUUUUCAAAUACAUAUACACCCCCAGCCCAUUAUUGCCCAUUGCCCAUUGCCUAUUGCAUAUUGCCUACUACCAUGGCCCAUUGCCCAUUGCCUACUACCAUGGCCCAAGAUGAAGCUCCUCUCCGCGCGUUCACCGGCCAGCGCGUGCUGCUCAGCUCCGCGUCCGAAAUCGGGCCAGCCACGAUCUACGUCACCAGCGAGGGCAAGAUCGCGCGCAUCACGCGCACAUACACGCCAGACGGAGCAGCGCUCGACGCCGGCGCGCGGCUGCUGAUGCCCGGGCUGGUCGACGCGCAUGUGCAUAUCAACCAACCAGGGCGCACGCAAUGGGAGGGAGUCGUUACAGCCACGCAUGCGGCGGCAUCCGGCGGCGUCACCACCGUCGUGGACAUGCCGCUCAACUGCAUCCCAUCGACGGUUAGCGUUGAGGCGUACCGGGCGAAGCGCGAGAGCUUCCGCGACGGCAUGUGGGUGGACGUGGCGACGUGGGGCGGCGUGGUGCCGGGGAACGCAGGCGAGUUGGCGGCGAUGCUCAAGGCGGGCGCGCGCGGAUUUAAGUGCUUUUUGUGCGAUAGCGGCGUCGAGGAGUUCCCGCCGGUGGUGGAGCCGGAGCUGCGCCUGGCUAUGCGCGAGCUGCGCGCGCACAACGGCCUGAUCAUGUUCCACGCUGAGAUGGACACCCCCGGCGAGCCGACGCUGGAGAGCAGCGACCUGGCUCUGGAGAGCGCCGACCCGACGCAGUACGCGACGUUCCUGGCCUCGCGGCCGCCGGCAAUGGAGGUCAAGGCCAUUGACGUGGUCAUCUCGCUGUGCCGCGAGUUUGCGCCCGACGUGCCCUGCCACAUUGUGCACCUCUCGGCAGCCGACGCGCUGCCGGCGAUCCGCCGCGCCAAGGCCGAGGGCCUGCCUCUGACUGUUGAGACCUGCUUCCACUACCUGACCAUCGGCGCCGAGGACGUUCCGGCGCGCAGCACCGAGUACAAGUGCUGCCCGCCGAUCCGUAGCCACUCCAACCGCGACCUGCUGUGGGCCGCGGUCCUGGACGGCACCAUUGACUUUGUCGUCUCGGAUCAUUCGCCAUGCACGCCGGACCUCAAGCUGCACGGCUGCUGCGGCGCCGGCGCCAUCCCACAGGACGCCACGGAGGGCGACUUCAUGGGCGCCUGGGGCGGCAUCGCCUCGGUGGGCAUCGGGCUGCCGCUUCUGUGGACUGAGGGCCGUCGCCGGGGCCUUUUGCUGCAGGACGUCGUCCGGCUGGUGUGCGAGCGCACGGCUGUGCAUGCCGGCGUGGGCGAGCGCAAGGGCAGGAUCGCUGUCGGGUGGGAUGCGGACUUUGUCGUUUGGGCGCCGGAGGAGGAGAGCAGGAUUACGCGGGAGAGGCUGCAUUUCAGAAACAAGCUGACGCCGUAUCUGGAGCGCGUGUGCGCUGGCGUUGUGUGCAAGACUGUGGUCCGGGGCGCGGUUGUGUAUGACGCGGAGAGAGAAGAGGCUGGCAAGGACUGGGAGGGUGCCUUCUCGCGCUUACCGCUUGGCCAAUGGAUCGAGUCGCCCGUGACCCCGAGAACAUGAUGACACAAAAGGAGAGCCACUUUUCUCUCUUUACCUCUUUUCUCUCUUUUAUUAAAUCAAC